AUGUAAUAAAUUGGUCAUUAGAUCUUAUCAAAAUGGUAAUGAAGUAAUUCUAUCAUUUUUUAGGUACUUAACUAAUUACAAUUAUAGAGCACUAUUUCAAUAUGAAGUAAAAGAUGAAGGUUAUAUUAUGGGAUAAUUGAUAUAGAAAAAGGAAGAUAUUUUAGAUGUGGUCAUUCAUACUAUACGUUUUACUUAUAGAUAAGGAUUUCAAGCAUAUCAAUGUUAGGAUAGUUAUUUGACAACUGAUUCUGGAUGGGGUUGCGUAAUAAGAGUAGGAUAAAUGAUGAUGGCAGAACUCCUGAAAAGACAUUUGAAGUGUUUCUAUAAUGUGGAUUUAUUCUCAUUUCCAUCUCUAUUGUAGGAAAUUUUGUAAUUGUUUAAAGAUGAUGAUGAAAUGGAGAGUUUGAAGGGAUUAGAGAGAUAAUUAAAGUAUGGGUUUUCGAUUUAGAAGAUAAUGAGAAUAGCCUAUUAGGAAUGGGGCAAGAAACCUGGAGAAUGGUAUAGUCCAAAUUAAAUUGUAUAGGCUAUUUAAAAAAUUCUAUCAGAAAAUAAUAUACCAUGUAAUUUUAUAAUUUAAGAGUUUAAGAUUGUUGCAGUUUGAGUUUUGUUCCAUUUUAUGAGAGUCAAAUAGAUUUAAAGGCUAUUUUAUAAGAGAUGUGUAUGGUAGAGAAUUGUCAUUGUUAAAAGAAAGUGUUUUUUAUUGAAUAAUUCUUAUAAGAUUUAGAGAAAUUGGAAAUUGGUAAGGAAGAAGUAGUUUAGGUUAUAAAUGGUAAUGAUGAAAUUAAUGAUGUGUGUUAUGAAGAUUAAUAAGAAUAGAAUAAGAAGUAGAUUAGGAUAUUAUUAAAGAAAUAUAUAUGUUAAAAAUGUUUUGUUGCAAGUAGAGCAGUAGCAGUAUGUUUAUUAAGUAGAAUUGGAUGUGAUGAACCUAAUCCAGAUUAUAUUUAAGCUAUUAGAUAAUUUAUGAAGAAGAAAUAUUUUGCUGGAAUUUUGGGAGGUAGACCUAAGGAAGCUAAUUUCAUUGUAGGUUUUGUUGAUAAUAAAUUUGUUGUAUUGGAUCCACAUAUAGUAUAAGAAGCUAAGAUGAAUACUGAAGAAUAUGUUAAAUCAUGUUUUCCAGGUGAAGCUCUAUUUAUGAAUGACAAGGAAAUUGAUUGUUCACUUGGAUUAGUAUUCUAUUUAAAUAAUGUUGAAGAUUUGAUUGAAUUAAUCUAUGAUAUCUAAGCUAAUUAGUAAAUAAACUUUUUUUCUUUUGCACAUUUAGAACAUUACAAGUAUUCUGAUAUUAAGAAAGAUGAAUAACUUAUAUAAAUAAAAGAGAAAUAAGAAUUGUUAAAAGAAUUUAUGGUUAAAUAAUAAUAAUAAUAAUAAUAAAUAUUGAAUUUGGACAUUUCAACUUAUCAAUAUGGAUAUUCAAAUGAAAUUAGUUAAUUAGAAUAACCAAUUAUAAAAGAUAUGGAUUCUAGUUAUGAAGAAAUCUGA